AUGCUGUCACCUUUCAAAAGAAGAAUACAUUGUAAUAUUGGUAAAAAAUUAUUUUCAACAUGUUAUCCUGAAAUAGACGUCGAAUAUUAUUGUCACAGACAAAAUUUAUCGGAAAUAAAACACAACAUUGAAAUAAGAAAGGGUGUCGGUGACAUAAAUAGAGUUCAUGAAUUGUAUGAAAAGUUUAAAUCACUUUCAAUGGGUGAUAGUAUGUAUGAAAAUAUAAAGGAGAAUUUUUACUCUGAACUUGUAAAAUUGCCCAACAUAACCCACCCUGAUGUUCGAGAUUAUAAGGAACAUCCUCGUACCAUUAACACUAUUAAUCUUAAAAAAGAUUUUGGAUCCUACAAGCCUCUUGAAUUCAGUGAAAUAACACAAUUAUUAAAUUUAAUGAGAACAGAUAAGCUUGGUUACACAUGCGAUAACAAAAGUUACUAUUAUUUUGGUGAAUUAGCAGAGUAUGAAGAGGCAUUAUUAAAAUAUACUGUGUCAUAUUUACUUAAAAAGGGUUUUAAUCUGGUGUCAGUACCUGAUGUAUUAUCAAGGAAUAUAAUUCAAAGUUGCGGUAUGGCAGUCAAUGGUGACCGUACUCAGAUUUAUUCACUAGAUCCUGUUCUUCAUGGUGCUGACUUACACUUAUCUGGUACUGCUGAAAUGUCACUAGCUGGUAUGUUGAGUAAUACACAACAUGACAGUAAAAAAUUACCUUUAAAAUUUGUAUCAGUGAGUAGAUGCUAUAGAGCUGAAACAUCUAAUACAAUUGAAGAAAGAGGAACAUAUAGAGUUCACCAAUUUACUAAAGCAGAGAUGUUUGUUGUUUCAAAACAAGAAGAUUCAGACGAUACUUUGGAAUACAUAAGAAAGACACAAGAGGAAUUAUUCUCUCCUUUAGGGAUACAUAUGAGAGUUUUGGACAUGCCACCACAUGAAUUAGGUGCACCAGCAUUUCGGAAAUAUGACAUUGAAGCGUGGAUGCCAGGGAGAAAUAACUAUGGAGAGAUAUCUAGUUGCAGUAAUUGUACAGACUAUCAAGCCAGACGUCUUAAUAUUAAAUAUAUGGAUGGUAUAACCACUAAGCAUGUGCAUACAUUGAAUGGGACAGCAUGUGCUGUACCUAGAAUGCUCAUUUCUCUAGUUGAAACACAUCAGCAUCCAAAGGGCAAAAUACUAAUACCUGAGAUUUUGCAGCCUUUUAUAAAUGGUAAGAAGUAUAUUGGAAAAAAUGUUGCUGUUCCGAAGCUUAAACUUUUAAAAAUAAAGAACUAA